GCCAAUGACACAGGCUCUAUCAUGUGAUCAGCUGUGCCCAAUCACUGAUCAUCAGUGCUCUGAUGAUCAGUGUAGCCCCAUCAGUGCCACCUGUCACUGCCCAUAAUUGAUGUCUGUAAGUGCCCAUCAUUGCCACAUACCAGUGCCCGUCAGAGCUGCCUUUCAGUGCCAACUAUCAGUGCCAGUCAGUGCCGCCUAUCAGUGCCCAUCAGUGCCACCUAACAGUUCCAUUCAGUGCUGCCUAUCAGUGCAAAGUCAG